ACGUUGCUAACUGUCGCACUUUGCCUAGCUGCAGCCCAACCUGUCCCACACGGUAGCUUCAUUGAAAUUUGUUUUUGUAAACGCUAUUGCAGAAGAAAAAAAUAUGGCAGACGAGGAGAAGUUACCUGCUGGAUGGGAGAAAAGAAUGAGCCGCAGUUCAGGCAAAGUAUACUACUUCAACCACAUCACCAACGCCAGCCAGUGGGAACGUCCGGUGGGAGAUGGUCACGGAGAGCCUGAGAAGGUACGCUGCUCUCACCUCCUGGUGAAGCACACGCUGUCACGUCGUCCAUCUUCUUGGCGAGAACAAAAUAUCACACGGACUAAAGACGAGGCCCUGGAGCUCAUUCAGAAGUAUAUAGAAGAUAUCAAGUCUGGAGAGGAGAAGUUUGAGUCCUUGGCUUCUCAGUUCAGCGACUGCAGCUCCGCUAAGAACGGUGGAGACCUGGGAUUAUUUGGAAAAGGUCAGAUGCAGAAGCCUUUUGAAGACGCCUCCUUUGCUCUCAAAGUGGGAGACAUGAGCGGUCCUGUUUUUACGGAGUCUGGGGUCCACAUCAUCCUACGUACUGGUUGACAGGAAGAAGCCACACACACUACACUUUCCUCUCGUGUCCUCACACACACACACUUACAGUCCAACCUGACCCGAUUAAUUUUAAUGACCCACACCCCCAAUAAACAAAGCUUCUGGGCUCAAUCGCAUUAGUUUAAUGGGAUCAUUUUGUGCCGAGAUUAUUUUGUUCCAUCGGACGUGUUUGAAUACUUUGAUCACACUGAACAUCAGGUCUCACGGAUGAUUCCUGUGAGACCUCAAGCUUUUAUUAACCCUGGCAAUGCCAUGACAUAAAAACAUGAGUGCCUGUGACUGUUGAAGUGAUUGCUCCCGUGGAAACAGUUUCACACGAUGGCGACGCCGUCAAAUGUGUCUGUAGAAGCUUGUUUUUGUAUGUGCACGUCUUCAAAAGGACCAUUUACUGAAUGCUUUCCUGUAAUCUUUCCAUUUCUACUGUAUGUGUGCCGAGACAGAUCCUCAAUCUGGUUUUGGAAAAUGGAUUCAUAAGAUAUUUAAAAUACUUUGACAUGUAGACAUACAGUACAUUGCAGUUUGAGAAAGUGCUGUAGUUCUGAGUUCUCUGCAUUCGGUUCUGAUUUAAAUGUGUUAUCUUUUGCAGAUAUCUAAUGAGAUACAUUCAUUUGUUGGCAUCAUCCACUUUGAAAAGUGCAUGUUUCCUCUCCCUUAGGAUAUGCAAAGAUAAAGAUGGCACAGAUUAAAACUUCACGGUUUUAACAAUCAGCUCUGCAGCUUUUAAAAGCAUCAAACCUGUGGCACCGAGUUUUUUUUCUUCCUCCAUCAAUAAAAAUAUCUUUUUGUAACUUG